CUCUAGGCUCAUUACUGAACUUGAGGGUUGUUUUCGGGGAGGGUACCGGUGAAGGAGAAUGGCAGCAGAAGUUGUGAAACUCCCAGUAAUCGACCUUUCCUCACCUGACCGUAUUUCCUCUGCUAAUUCCAUCCGCCAGGCAUGUAUGGAAUAUGGUUUCUUUUACGUUGUGAAUCAUGGAGUGAAGGAGGAGUUGCUCAGUAAAGUUUUUGAUGAGAGUAGGAAGUUCUUUUCUCUACACAUGGAUGAGAAGAUGAAACUGCUUCGCAAGGAACACAGAGGUUACUCACCUUUGUAUGCAGAGAAUGUUGACCCAUCUGCUUGUUCAAAAGGUGACUCAAAGGAAAGCUUCUAUAUUGGUCCUCUAGAAAGAAGUGAUCUCAAUCAAUGGCCAUCUGAAGAAGUUCUCCCAUCUUGGAGGCCCACAAUGGCUUCUUACCAUAACAAAGUUCUGUCUGUUGGAAAAAGACUAAUCUCUUUGAUUGCUCUGUCUCUGAAAUUGGAUGAAGAUUAUUUUGAGAAAAUUGGAGCCUUGGAUGCACCAGAAGGCUUUCUUCGCCUGUUACGUUAUCCAGGUCAACUAGGGGAUUCUGAGGAAGAACUGUAUGGAGCUUAUUCACAUUCAGAUUAUGGAACCAUCACUCUUCUAGCUACAGAUGGCGUGCCAGGACUUCAGGUUUGUAAAGAAAAAUUCAAGCAACCGCGUACUUGGGAAGAUGUGGUACACCUGAAUGGGGCCUUUAUAGUUAACAUUGGGGACAUGAUGGAGAGGUGGACUAAUUGUUUGUUCCGGUCGACGUUGCACCGAGUGAUGCCAACAGGGCGAGAACGCUAUUCGGUGGCGUUCUUCUUAGAUCCUAACCCAGAUUGCAUUGUGCAGUGUUUGGAAAGUUGUUGCAGUGAAUCAUGCCCACCAAGAUUUCCCCCUAUUUGCAGUGGGGACUACAUGAAGGAGCGGUUUAAGAUCUCAUAUGGCUUGGGGUGAAGGCUGGGAAACAAAAAGAGAUGGAUCAUUUUAAUUUCAUAUGAUUGCAUUCAAAGGAGAAGGAUAUAAAUUCCCAGCUAAGUGUGCAACGCUGGCUGGCUAAAAUGAUUAUAGAGAAUUUGGUGCUAGCUAUGAAUUUAACAGAUACAACUUGCAUUGUUGCAUUAGUUCAACUUUAUCCAUUUGGAACCUCUUGUGUGUUUGAAGUUUGGCUGCCAUGCAUCAUGUUUGCUUGUCACUAGAGACUGGAACGUUCCUUGUGCCUAAUUUUUCUCUUCUCACCUGGUAAAUUGGGCCUUUUGCUUAUUAAAAGUCUUUUUUUUUACCAAA